UCUCCUUUUUAUAUUAGCUCCCAACCCUUUUAGACCUACCCUUUUCGUUUCUUUCACUAGCUCCUUCUUUUCUUCGUUUAACUUCUUUAUAGCACUGGUUUUUCCAUGGAAAAGUUCCAAAUUUUAUUUCCUUUUGCGUCGACAAGAUCAUCAGACCAUCCUGUCUCUUCAAGUAUGACAGAUAAUUCUCAUAUUCUUAGUGACUUUAAAGCUGAUAGUACUUCAAGUGGGUUCUUGGGAUCGAAGAAAGAAAAUUAUCAUCUAGUAUCAAGAACAUCAUCCGAAAUUAAUAAAGACCUUAACUCACAAGGUGCAGGCUUUGGUAUUGGGUCUCCAACAGAGCUAAAAGCAGCCAAAAAGAAAGGGGAGAAGAAGGUUAGAAAGCCCAGAUAUGCUUUUCAAACGAGGAGUCAAGUUGAUAUACUUGAUGAUGGUUAUCGGUGGAGGAAGUAUGGACAGAAGGCAGUGAAGAACAACAAAUUUCCGAGGAGCUAUUACCGAUGCACUUAUCAAGGGUGCACUGUAAAAAAGCAAGUCCAACGCUUAACCAAAGAUGAGGGCGUUGUCGUGACCACUUACGAAGGGAUGCAUAGCCAUCCUAUAGAGAAGUCAAAUGAUAAUUUUGAACAUAUAUUAAGCCAGAUGCAAAUCUACACUCCCUUUUGAAGUGAUCGAGGUUAAAAUCAUGUCUGCUUUUGUAAGGAAAAAAAACAUAUAUAUAUAUGUAAAAUAUAGUAAAGAGUGUACUUUCCAUAUGCUAAUAAGGUUGUAAUGGCUGAAGAUCAUAAUUAAAAGUUCUGGAAUUAUGUUCUUUAGCUGACGAAUACAUUGUAAUCGGUAAGUUUCCUGUAUCUUCUCUUCUUUCUUUCACAUUAGUGGGAUUUUGUGAUGUAUAAAUUAAGCUCUGGUGGGCUCAACAUCAAUGAACGAAUCGAAAUUACUGGUA